AUGGCCCGCCACACUCUUUCCGCUUUCCUUGUCUCCGCCGCGGCCGCGACCCGCGUACUCGCGCAGGAUGCCCAGUCAACUUUCCCUGCCACACCACUAGUGUCUCUUCACUUUCCAACGCCUUCGGAUGCGCCUGAACAGGCCGACCCCGGCAACCUCGCUCGCGGGAACCAAGCCGGCUACAACCGCUGUAACUCAACUACCGAAGGGUCCGACUCCAUGUGCCAAACUGGCUUCGUGAACAGCCUUUCAGACUUCUGUGUAUGGGGUCCCUCAACGCCCAACUCAACUAUUGCCGACACCGAGGGCGAGGAGGUCGCCUGGUGCACCCUUCCCGGACAUGGCACGCGCAUCAUGCCGGAGGGCACGAUCACGGGCGCUCAGUUGGUCAAGACGUCAAACUACGUUAUGAUCACCGGUCUCAUCCAGCAGACUAACAUCAACAUCGCUGAUGGUGAUUUCGGUGGCGAGUUGGACCCCGGAGGUCAGGACCUCCGCGGCAACCCCAUUGGUGGCCUCAUGUACUCGACCGCGUUCAACAGCUCGGCCUACCAAGUAAACAAAUGGGUCAACUUCAUGGGCUCCAACUCCUUCUGCAUUCGCAUCUGUAACCCCUCUGGCUCGAACCCAGAGGGCUUCUGCCAACAUACGCUUGACCGUAUCGGCAGCGCCUACAACUGCCCGAGCAAAUACACCGUCGGCAGCGGCAUGCAGGCCGGCGAGUUCGAGAUUUGCGACAGCGAAGACAUGGACAUUCCCGGUGUAUACACCCAAGAUGGCCAGACGCUCUCGUACUCACAACCGCCGGAGAGCUUGGGCGAGAUCACCUCAAUCCCUUACAGCCCGCGCGUACCUGCCAGCUCGAACUGCGCAACGACGUCCAGCGCCGCCCUCUUCGCUUCCGCGACAGCGAGUGCAAGCGCUAGCGCGUCUGGAUCGGGCGGCGCCACCGCGAGUCGCUCGAGCGGCGCAGCAACUGCCAGCCAGACGGGCAGCGGUGCCGCGCAUGUUGGCGCGAGCGUGCUCACUGCCGCGCUUGGAGUCGGGUUGUCUGUCGCGCUCAUGGCAUGA